AUGGAAGCCCAGCAGGGAGCGCCAAAAGCAGUGACUGUCUCAAACAGCUCCGAAACCACAAAAUCAUCCUGCUCGGAAGAUGCAGCGGCCCCUCCCGCCGUCACCCAGCGACCGGCUGGAAAGUUUGACGUCCUGAUCCAAGGAGUCGCACUCUUCUCUGACGGCUACAACAUACAGAUCAUCGGCUACAUGAACACGGUCCUGGCCAAACUGUACCCAAAUGAGAUGACUUCCGAAGUCAAGACACGCCUGUCCAACUCUAUCCUCAUCGGCGACGUCUUUGGUAUGCUGCUGUUUGGUCUCUGUAUUGACAAAUUCGGCCGCCGCGUCGGCAUCAUUCUUACGACUCUGUUUCUGGUCUUUGGUAUCAUACUGGCAACAGCCUCCCACGGUAACACGGUCGAGGGUAUGUUCUGGAUGAUGGUUGUUGGUCGAGGUGUAGCUGGUGUGGGAGCAGGUGGAGAGUAUACAGUCUGCACCAGCCAGGCGCUAGAAUGUGCAGACAGUACCCCAGAGAUGCGCAGGCGACGAGGCAUGCUAGUAGCCGUGUCGACAAACGCUGCAAUCAUCUCUGGGUUUGUCGGCUCAAGCAUCGUGUCUCUUAUCGUCAUUGCAGCCUACGGUGGACAGGCUAGUGAUGGCAUAUGGCGCAUAUGCUUCGGCAUUGGUAUUUUCCUUCCCCUCACCAUCUUCCUCUUUCGCAUGCGACUUGCAGACUCGGAACAAUACCAGAAACACGCAAUCCAACAUAAAGUCCCUUACUGGCUCGCCCUCAAGUUCUACUGGCGCGCUCUUCUCGGCUGCUGUUCCGCCUGGUUCCUGUACGAUUUUGUCGUCUACCCCUUCAACCUGCUGGCCCCGACUCUGGUCGCCGGCUUCUCGACCAACCAGUCCAUGAUGGAGAGCAUCGGCUGGAGCGCCCUGAUCAACUUCUUUGCCCUGCCCGGCUCAUUCAUCGGCGCCUUGCUCAUGGACCGCAUCGGCCGUCGACAGACCUAUGCUCUGGGCUGGGCGUUGGUCUGCGUCUUUGGCUUCAUCAUCGGCGGGUUCAUGGUUCAGCUCCAAAACAUCUUUCCCUUGUUUGUUGUCCUCUACGCACUCUUCCAGACCUUCUUGUCGGUCGGUCCCGGCGACUGCAACUUUUUGGUCUCGUCCGAGUCCUUUCCGACUCCUCUCCGUGGGCACUUUCUCGGAUUCGCAGCGGCGGUCGGCAAGGCAGGAGCUGCGAUUGGCACCACUGUUCUGAGCCAGGCUUUGGCGUCGUUCGAUGACAAGGUCAAGGGUCAGCAGGCCAUUUUCUUGAUUGGUAGUGCUAUCUCGGUCGUCGGAACCCUCUGUGUGUGGUUUCUUAUUCCAGAUGCGCCCAAAAACCUCGAGGACGAGGAUGUCCGUUUCAGAAAUUACCUUGAACAGAACGGCUACGAUACUAGUAGCAUGGGUCUGCAAGCUAAGAAGACGGAAGGAGCCGAGUCUUAA